AUGAAGUUACACUCCCUCCUUCCCCUGGCCGCCCUGCUCGCCCCCUCGGCGGCGGCAUUGUUUGGCAUCAAUGACUUCGACUGCGAGCUGACAGAGGAGCACCCGAACCCGGUCGUCCUCCUCCACGGUCUGGGCGCCACCUACUACGAAGACCUGAAUUUCCUGCAAUACUGGCUCCAAACCCAAGGCUACUGCACCUACGCGCAAACCUACGGCGCCUACGACGGCUUCCCGCUGCUGGGCGGCCUGCGCGCCAUCAGCGAAUCCUCCGGCGAGAUCGCCGCGUACAUCCGCGAAGUCGCGGAGAAAACAGGCGCCAAGAAGGUCGAUCUGGUCGGGCAUUCCGAGGGCGGAUUCCAAUCGCUCUACGUCCCGAAAUUCGGGGGGGUCUCGGACCUCGUCGAUAAGAUCGUGGCGAUCGCUCCCCCAACGGGAGGCACGAAUUUCGGCGGCCUGUACAAUCUCGCAUACCUCUUCGGAAAUGUUUCCCGGGAAGUUGUGGGGGAGGUGCUGAGCACGUUUGGCUGUCCCGCGUGUGACGAUCUGGGUCCCGACGGGGCUGCCGUGCAGCGAUUGAAUGAUGGCCAGCCCAUCCUGCAGCCCGGAAACACCCUCACGGUCAUUGUCUCGAAGUACGAUGAGAUGGUUACGCCGCAUUCGACGUCGUGGGUGGACGGCGCCCACAACAUGUACGUGCAGGACAAGUGUCCCCUCGACCCCGUGGGACAUAUCGGCGAGGCGUAUGAUCUGAACGUCUGGAACCUGGUUAAGAAUGCCCUCGAUAGCACGCCGGACAGGGACUUCUUCUGUGUGCUUGGGUCGCCAGGAAAGAUUUGA